AAAUGAGAGCUGCUAUACUGGCUGUGGUCUUGAGGAAGACUGGAAAUUGUUAGCUGGUGAAAGCACAUCAGUAUCCAAAGAUAUUGUCCUUAUGCAUGACACCAAUUGGACUGUACCUUGGAAGGUUUGUUACCAGUAUUUAUUUCCAUGGUAAGUCUCAGCUUUAUGAGCAUGUAAAGCAAUAGUUCACAUGUCAUCCGUCCCUAUCAUUUUCUGACUGUUCAUAUUGUUAAUUACAGGUGUAAUUAUCUGUGGGAGAUAUUCCAUAGUUCGCUUUCAUGUUGCCUGUUGUCUUCACUGUGCUUGUUCUGUACUCUUGCUUCUUAACCAAUGGAAGCUGUGAGCUCUAUGAUGAGCUAAAGGAGUUGAAAACUGAAUUUGACAUCAAUCUCUACCAGCGAUUAGCAGAACCAGAGAACAGAACUAACCUGAUAGUUGCACCAGCAAGUGUGUCCAUUUCUUUGGGGCUACUGCAGUUUGGAGCUCAAGGAAACACCCUUAUGCAGCUGGAAAAUGCUCUUGGAUACAACAUCCACGAACCAAAAGUGCAGGACUUCUUGCAUACCGGAUAUGAAGAAGUGACCAACUCUAGCCAAGGCCCUGUGGUUCAGUUGGCAUGUGCCCUAUUUGUGCAAGCUGGAGUUCACCUGUCUCCUGACUUCAUUGAGCAUACUGCACUCUGGGCAAACAGCAGUCUCCAAAAAAUCAACUUCAGUGAGCCUAACAGCACUGCUGCACAGAUAAAUGAAUGGGUUACCAGUACCACUGAAGGUGGAGAAGCAGACUGCAUACAUCUGGAUACAGCUGGUUCACCACUUACCCAGAUGGCUGUGGUGAGCACCAUGUACUUCAAAAGCAUGUGGCAAAAGAAAUUCUCUUUCACAGAUACUCAGUCCUUGCCUUUUACCACUGCAGAGGGCAUCACCCUGAAAGUGCCCACAAUGUACCACACGGCUGAGGUCAAUUAUGGUCAGUUCCAUACCACAUCGCUGGAGCGUUUCAGUGUAGCAGAGUUGCCUUAUCUGGGGGAGAGAGUCAGUAUGUUUGUGGUGCUUCCCAGUGACAGGACGACAUCUCUGUCCCAGAUUGAGUCACACCUCUCAGCUAAAAUCAUCACUGUUUGGGCCAACAGCUUAAAGAGAAUGAAGAUGGAUAUUUUUCUACCUAGAUUCAGAAUUCAAAGUCACUUUGACUUAAAAAUGGUUUUACCUGCCUUGGGAAUUACAGACAUGUUUGAUACAACUGAGGCUGAUUUUAAAGGUAUUUCAGAGCAAGGCGGGCUUUACAUUUCAGAAGCUAUUCAUAGAGCAAAGAUUGAAGUGACAGAAGAAGGAGCGAAAGCAUCAGGAGCUACAGCUAUGGUGCUACUAAAAAGAUCUCGAACUCCUAUUUUCAAAGCAGACAGACCUUUCAUCUUUUUCCUAAGGCACGCCAAUACAGGUUCAGUGCUCUUUAUAGGAAGAGUUACAAAUCCCUCAGAAUAAGUGUGUCCAAUGCACCCUCCCCUUAUUCCUUCUGCAGCCAUCUUUCCUUCAGU